CCCGCUGCCUCGUAUAGGAGGAAUCCAAUCCAGAGAUUUUUAAAGCCCGAAUGGAGCAACGGAAUGAUGUGAAAAAGCAGCCAGUGGGACAUUCAAAGCAAGCAGAGUUUGUUAAAAGCAUGGAGGAAAAGGCCAAAGGACAAAAACAUGCAUUCACAAAAAAUAAGACACUUGAUUCAAUACUUAAUGUUGAGAUGAUGAAACAGAAGAAGCCUGAAGAAAUAAAACAGAUAUGGAAGCAAUAUUUUUCUGGUGAAGACACAGUUUAUGCAGUUAUUCCUGGAAAGACUUUUGAUGUGAUCUGGAAGCGGGUACAGAAGUGCCCAUCAUUUCUGUAUGCAUUGCCAAGGAAGGAAGGGUAUGAGUUUUUUGUGGGGCAUUGGUCAGAAACAGAACUCCAUUUCACUUCUCUGAUAAAUAUUCAGACUCUAGCUGAAGCUGCUCCCAGCCAGUUGAUCUUGUACCAUUAUCCUGAGCUUCGAGAAGAAAAGGGAAUUGUCCUGAUGACUGCAGAAAUGGAUUCUAAAUUUUUGAAUGUAGCAGAAGCACAGUGCCUAGCCAGCCAGGUGCAGCUUUUUUAUGCCACAGAGCGCCAGGAGACGUUCCGUUUAGUGGAAACAUUUAACCACCAGCCAGAUGAGUUUAAGUACAUGUCUGUAAUUGGUGAGCUUGAGCUGAACAGAGUUGGGGACGACCUAAAGCCUCAAAAGGAUCCACUCUUACCUACUGCUUAAGAGAUGCUGCAGCCUUCAACAGAGACAACAGAUACUGCAGCUGACCUUCUCUUGGUGCCAGAAUUGCUGCUUUCUAUGAAAAUGAUCCUGAGAAAAGAAGGUAGCAUGGACAUUUGAUGGGGAGAAGAAUACUUUACCAAGUCAGCCGCCAUGGCCAUAUGAAAGCACUUACACGGUCCUGUUUCUUUCAGAAUGGUAAAAGAAAUGAGGAAUAAUAGGUGCUCACAUUUGUCACAUGGCGCUUCAAAUUUGCACACAGCUCACGGAACGUAAUAUUUAGGAAGAUUCUGGGUACUGCUUGUCCUUUCAGGAAGGAAAGAGAAUGAGAGGGGUGAGCUAAGAGAGACUCCUAUUGAUGGGUUCAUUCAGCUCUCAACCAAAAUCUUUUUUAAAAAUUGUGUACCAUCAAUCUAUGCGAAACUUUCCCAGCAUGAGCCAAAGAGAUUGCUUCCUACCUCCUGGAUUCUAACUGCUGAAAGGCAUAGAGUAGGAAGAGAAAAUGUGUGAGAAGCACGUCUUUGGAAAUCUCUUAGGGUCUUUUAUGACCUAACAUAACAUUUAAAACCGCCAGUAUGAGCUGCCCUUGGAAAAUUAGUUGGGUUCAGACUGCCUUCCAUAAAAGGGUAUUGACUGUAAUGCAACAUUGCUGGUAAUCUGUGUGUGUUUCUUGGUACAGUAAUUUUACCAACAGACUGUCAUAUAGCUGGGGGAAAACAUGUUGCCUGUAGUCUCUAAAACAGAUAUUGUCAUUUUUUGUUUUUUAUAAUUGAGGAUCAUAAGGUAGCCCUACAGACAUUAGAACUGGGUCCUGUACAAAGACCAGUCAUAUAUUUCUGGAGCUAGAAAAAACCUUCUGUUACUUCACUUGUUACCUCCCUUGCUAAUUUGAGGUAAUAACUCAGAACAUUCUCCUUGGGCCUCUGGGUUUUUUUCUGAAUCUGAUAGAUAGCCUUUAAUUUCACAGGUAGGACAGUGCUUUUCAAUUACAGAAAGCAUGUUCUUGUCUCAGAAUGGAUUCAGGAGUGACAAUUUUAUCAGUUCCUUUAGCAAUAUUUUCUAAAAGAGAAAUGAGUUGAAAUUACAUACUCCCUGCCCAAAUCUGUCUUAAUCUGUUGAGCUAUGUAUACUCUGACAAGAAAAUCCCAGAUUUUAUUUUAUUUUUUUCUCAAGCUAAGUGAAUGAAAACAUCCUUUACAUCCAUGGAGCCAGCCUGCACAGUAUCUCAUUCUCCGAAAUCAUGAUAUUGUGAUGCCUUAAUUAAACCUAGAAUGGAGAGGUGAGUAAGGUUGCCACCAGAUUUAAAUAAAUGGGUUGAUUGAUCAUGCGUGGUGUUCACUUUUAAAUUCUGUACUCAUUUGCAGAUGAAUAAAAAGCAAUUGUUCUGAAGAAA